AGAAUUAUUACACGAUAAUAUUAUGUUCAUAAUUUUCAGCAUGGCUACUAUUAAUUUAUCGUCGCGAGACUUAUUCGCCGAAGUUGAAGCGGCAUCGGCGGCACUGAAGGUGGAUGAAAAGUUGGCCACGGCGCAUUGCGUCUCCGAGGACUUCCAAAUGGGAAGAGGCAUUGCCGUAAACUUCAAGGUGAAGUACGGAGCUCUCGGAGCCCUGAUGGACCAAAAGGUCCGGGUCGGUGGUGUGGCGGAAUUACAUCCGAGUGACGAGGGAGGUAAAAUUUAUGUGUUUUACCUUGUCACAAAGGUGUUAUUCCACCAUAAACCGACUCUCCAAUCUCUGGCCGAUUCGUUGAACCAGUUGCGGGAUCGAUUAAUCGAUUUAAAAAUAAAUCGAUUAAUCAUUCCAAAGCUUGGGUGCAAUUUGGAUCGGCUGGAUUGGUAUCAGGUGCGUGGUCUGCUUUCAACCACUUUCGAUCAACAAACAAUCAUCACAGUGUGUGAUCCUGAAAACCCUGAAAUACGACCACAUAGAUUGGCACCUCUGCGGGAGGAAAGCCGUGAAUUUUGCGGCACCAACAACGCUGCAGCUGCAGAUAAAAAUGAGGUUCUAAUAUUACCAGUAGACCUAAAUAGUGCCAGUUCAAAUUCGACGUUGGAUAGAUGUCUAACAAAUUUGAACCUGAAGGACGAGUAA